CAUCAUCCGAAUUCUUCACUCCAAAUCAUGUCAAGACCAGUGUCUUCUGAGGACUUCAGAGAGAGCUCUUUAUCUCAAAAGGUGUCCUCUGCAGGUGGGUCCCAGAAGAACAAGGAGGUUCUCAGCUCCCCGACACCAUCCGUCUCCCUUAGCCAGACAUCCGACUUCCAACACGAGUCUCAGCUGUUCACUGAGCCACACCUGGCCCAGAUGGAGAAAACGUUUCAAGAUGAGGUCGACUCGACUGGAGCCCUGGACAUGAAGACUUUCGUUAAGGCUGUGAAGAAGAUUCUGAGCAAUGCGUCCAUCGAGAUGAUAGAGGCGCUGUUUUUGAAGGUGGACAUGAACUGUAACGGCCUCACCUCCGCUGCUUCAGGUGGCUGGAGGGAGUACCUGGACUACGUGAUGCAUGAGUUCAAGGGGAAGGAGAAGAUGAUGAGAAGCCAGUGCUACCUGCGCUUCCACCUUCCCAUGAGGAUCAUACCCCUGAAUCAUGGGUGUGAGAUUGUGAAAGUGGAGAUCUUAGUCCAGCGGCGCAAGAAGAUAGGGCAUUUCCUGACUGUCACCAAGGACGGGAUCCUGCAGUUCUGGUCGGAGUCCUUCUCGCUGACCAGCUCCUUUAGGCUUUACCAGAUCCAUCCGCUCCACAACCAGCAGAUGCGGGUCAUCGACAUGGUGUGUCUGCACAACAUGAACCUGGUUGCGAUAGUGUCGACCGACCAGAAGAUAGAGUUCUUUGAUAUCAGUAACCGUAAAUGUGUCUGGGCCUUCACCUUCAUCGAUCUGGACAGUUGCGUCCUGACCUUGAACUACUGGUCUGACUAUCACAGGGCUGUGUUCUGCUAUGGGGACACCAAAGGCAAUGUCAUCGUCUUCACCUCCAACGAUGUGACCCAUGGGCUGUUCAACCCCUGAAUCCUCCCCAGGACCUCCAGAUGGGAUCACUGGACCGAUGUUUCCACACGGAAGCUCUUAAAUGAGAAGUCCCCUAUGUAUAGAAGUUACCGGCUGAGGGCUCUCCACCCCAACUGGUGUCAACAGGUCAAGUUUAUCCCCCAGCGGAACCUGGUGGCUUCCUGUUCAGCCAUCGAGGAGUCCUCUCUGGUGCUGACCAUAUUGCCGCCCGAAGUCCCAGAGAGCCUCAAAAGCCCUGCCUGGCCUGGCUGGAGUCCGAGGCCUGGACCCAGGACAAGGUCCCAGCGCAGGCCCCCAGUGGCUGAUACCCGGUUUUCAACUUCAGUGACUGGUGGCCAUGACCCCCUCAUCUGCCUGUGGAACCCCUUCUUCUCGAAGAAGCCUGUGUGGCUGAUGAAGGGGCAUGAGACCUCGGUGACACACAUUCUCGUGAACAGCAAGCACAGCAGCAUCCUCCUCAGCAUCUCCAAGGACAAGAAUAUUCGCGUGUGGGACAUGCAGGACUACGAAUGCCUCCAGUCCUUCUGCGGGAAGCAUUUUGCCCUGGGACACUGCCCCAUCACCAGCGCAUACUUCCACAAGGAUGACGACAGCCUCAUCUGUAGCACCUACUCAAUUGGCAUCCUAAAAGGGUACCUGGAGACGCAGGGGCCUGGGAGAGCAGAGGAGAAGACCACGACUUACAGCACGCCCCUGUGCGCCAUCCUCUACAGCAAGGUUUUCAAGCAGGUGGUGAGCGGCUGCCUGAGCGGCGUGGUGAGCGUGUGGGAGGUCGUGACGGGCAAAAGGAUGACAGAGUUCUCCGUGACCGACCAGCACGUGGAACUGACCGCCACGCCCCUGGAUGAGUGAGAGGCCUGCCUGCUCACGGGUCUGCGUGAUGGCGCCACGAAGAUGUGGAACUCCAGCGUUGGUGAGUGCCUGCUGACCUUCCCCAGCCCGGACCAGAUGGAGAUUAGUGGGAUCGUCCGUAUGAACAAAGUGUUCUACAUGACCGGAUGGAGUAAGAGAAUCACUUAUUUCACGUUCCACAAGACCAAGCCAGCGCUCUUGUGCUACCACUGGCAGACCUUCCACACGGAGGAUGUCCUGAGCAUGGCCAGGUACCAGAACCAGUUCCUUGGAACCUCCUCCUACAAUGGGGACAUCCUCUUCUGGAACAUCAGCAUGUUCGGGCCCAUCCUCCAUUUCAACGCCUCUCAGAGCCCCUUGCCCUCGCUGCCCAAGAGGGUAAGGUCAACAGAAACAAGCUGUCCUCUUCCUUCUCUCUCAGCUGUGGGCCAGAACCACGUAGGGCUUGGGGGUGGGUAGGGGACACCCUGGGGAGUGGAGGGAAUGGUGGUGGCUUGUUCUGGAGGAGGUUGGGAGCUAGGGACGUAGGUGGUAGUUUUUAUAAUUAUCCUCAUUUGACAGAUGAGGAAACUGAGGCACAGAGAGGUUAAGCAUCUCGCCUAAGGUCACACAGCCAAGAAGUAAUAGAUCCAAAUCCAGGCAGUCUGACUCCAGAGCCUGGUGGUGCUAGUCCUGUUCUCCCGAGAUUACUGUCCCCUUGCAGGUGGCUCACUUCUGACCCAUCACUACUACAGCUUACUGCUCCGGUCUCACUGGGCUCUUGGUAGGACUUAGGAAGCCAUACAGUCUCUGAAUGACCAUAUCUUUGCAGAUUAAAGCUGGAAGGGGCCUUCGGGGUCACCCCGUCCAGUAGUUUUCCAAACAUGUUGUGGAGAGAUGCUUGGAGGCUAUUACAGCGGCUUCUCCAGAGCACUUCAGCUUUUUAUCUAUUUUACACUUUGGAGUUUCCUUUCAGAUUAAAAAAUACCUCAGAAAUACUUGGAGGGCUUCCCUGGUGGCGCAGUGGUUGAG